AUGGAUACAGGCAUUGCUUACACGUCUUUGUUCGGCGUUGGGCUCGGUGCGGCUGAAGCUCAAGAGCACAUCCGCCAGGAGGGAAAGAAGACGAACCCGACGACCAAACCAGAAACACCGCAGCCGUGGACCGCCACAAGAUGUCAUCGCCUGCUACGCCCGCUACUCUCCCAUGUUGCCGCACUCAGGAAGGAGGUUUCUCGUAAACCCACAGAUCCGGCGCCAGACACAAGCAGCGCCAAUUUGAAGCGGGCAAAUCCAGCUCGAGACGAGCCACCACCACGCAAAAGGCUUCGUUACACGUACUCUUCAAGGACAUCCCGGAAGGAGCGACAUGUCCAGGUUCGCGUCAUCACCGGCAAUCCCAGUGUCUCCAAAAAUCGCAGUGCUACAGGUCCAGACCUUCGGGACACGAUCUUACCGACGCCGGUGGUUCGCAGAGUCAGAGGACAGCUCGUCUCGUCACCCAUUCAGCCAAGCACUGCCUCGACUGGUGCCCUUCCCGAUCAAGGAGCCAAACGUAUCUACUCAGGCUUGUCGGCUCGGGAUGCGUUCCAGGCUGAGCUCUCACAGCUUCGGAAGCAAGUGUCCUCUUCGAAAUAUUCUCUCUAUGAGUCGAUAUUCAGAGCUCUGGAAGCUCUGCUACGGACGACGCGGCAACAAGAUUCAGCACCGAGAUCAAAAUCACUCAUGAGCAUGUGUCUGCGCAGAGUCCCCGACCUCAUCACGGAGCUCGAGCAAUGGGAACAGGAGGAGGCGGAAGCCAAUGGUACCAAGUCCGCCAUCCUCAGCUCAAAGGUGUCGUCUGAAAUCUACGAGGAUCUGGAAUCCAUGGGGGCAGUGAACGGUUGGAGUCACCUACGAAAUGUUGUUCGGGGGCACGGCACCAGGAUCAUCAAGGAUGCGAUAGCAGAGGGCCUGUUGAAUUUCACCUUCUGCAAGCUGCUCGUCAAACUCUGCGAGAAUUCGGCUGCGUAUAUCGAGGCAGAAACUAUCCUUGAAGCAAUGGCCAAUAUACAGUAUCCCGAACCCUCAGCAGCUGAGAGCACGUUCAGCAAGGCUGGGCCCAUGGCACCGCUGCGCGUCUUCAUCGACUAUUCCAACAGCACAGGCCGGCGAGCUGCUCUAUUCAGAACUCUUGAGCAACUUCUCACCACCGGCCUGAUACCGGCUACGUGGUUAAUCACACCGGCAUUCGCGGCUAUCUGGUCUAUCGUCGCACGAGCGCUUACAACUUCUUCAACCUCUCGAGAGGCAAUCAGCUUUGCAGCAACAAUGCUCUCCAUGCUGACAGCACAAAACCCUAGUAUCGCUACGGCGCUGACCAAGAAAGACCCCAAGCUUGUUUCGCGACAAGUCUUGACGGCUGCACUGGCAUUGCUUACUUCGAUGGUCAUACUCGGACAAGAAACCCUAGUCGAGUAUCCCGAGAUCAGGUCAAGUCACAAGAUCCAGGCCAUUUCCAAACGGGUACUCUAUACAAUCCAGACGAGCUUGAGCGAUACAAGCACCCGGAGGCGAGAAGAUAUCAAAAUCAAGCGGUAUAUCUUACAUCAUUGCUUAUUCUUUAUGAGACACCCAGCACACAUCAGUUUGGUCACACACGACGAUUCAUACAGCAAAGUCAUCCACAGAUGCUGGGAGGAGGCAUUACAGGAAGGGACUGCUGGCAGUCGCUGGACGCAGCGGUAUGAUGCAGUGAUAGACCUGGUCAGCUCUAUUGCAAACUGCUGUGGACGGGCGUCAUCAGCUACGUCCGCACAUACCUAUCUGGCACAAGUCUGCACACGUCUCACUAGCAUAGCAGGGCUUGAUAACCAUCUCAAGCAGUUACGUGCAGAUGCGGCCUUCUCCCUUGCCGACCGGACUGGGGACAUGAGAGAUCUUGCAUUCGCUGAGGGUUUGGAAACGAGGAGAACUCCGGCGCGUUCGAGGGAUGACAGGCCACCGAGCUCUCGCAAUGCACUCUUUUCGGGGUACCGCUGGGAAGGAGGGCUUAGUGAAUGGGUCACAGCCACUCCACUGGUCAGGAAGACGAGUAUUGUGCCUGCGCGAGCAUUAUGCCAACUGUCUCCGUCCUGUAGCAGCUCGGAGCAUUCUGUGGCAGCAACUCCACGAAGUAUGCAGAAGUAUGAAACCGAAUCACCCUCGGCCUCUCUUCAGGACGACAAUGAAAUAUCGGAUGAGGAGGAUGGUCAAAUCAGCGCCGCUGAUAACGGUUCUGAUGAUGACGACGACAGCUCUGCGACGGAGGAUGAGACGACGCAGAAGCAUCAGACAGGGAGCCGUCGUCAUGCCCCGGUAAGUCGGCCGCAGAGGCAGAAGCAGACACGCAUGGGCAGCACGAGAAGGUCGGGCGCAACAGGUCUUUUGAGUCUACUCCCUGAUGACGAGCUGGGCAUGGAGCAGGAGAACCGCUAUCAUGCGGCCAAGAAGCCCAAGAAUCAGGCAAGCAAGGGCCGUCAAAAGCUGUCGUCGCUGCACGCCAAGAGCCGCCCUCCCCUCAGGAGCUUGAGCAACCUGGUUGGCGGCGACGGCCAAGACAGCGAUGACGAGCUGGGGAUGUGA